AUGUUGAGUGGAGUUUGUUCGAUUAGCACAAAAGCACCGUAUAGCCAAAUAGCAGAAGAAGUGGAAGAUGCUGCGAGUGUCGAUGUGCAACGCUUUUAUACAUUGAUUUGGGUUGGCUUCAGGGGACAGGACAGUUGCAGUGCCACUUCUUCCAUCGCCAACAACUACACCUGUUCACAGUGGGAUUCGAAUCACGUCCAUGAAUAUCAUCUUGAAGCUAUUUGA